UCAGGCAGUUCAAUUUUGUGUGCGCUGACAGAAUGUGAAUAUUUUACUAGUGGUUGCCACGCUAAUCUGAUGUUGUUGAACUGGAAAAGGAUGUUUAGCAACCAUUCCAAAAGAAUGUGGAAGCGUAUAGAGACAAUAGUGCUCAUGGUGAUGGUUUGUUCUGCAAUAAGUACAACAGGUGAUCCAUUUGAGGUUACCCAAAGUGAAAAUGGGACGUUUGACAUUAAACACUCUAAAAGCCAGUAUAAGAGUGCAAGCACGAUAGAAACUCUAUUCGUUCCUGGACAUGAUGAUCUGGAUUCGCCAGAAACGUCCAAUAUUUUAGACAGAUAUACGUGUACCGACUAUAAAAUGACCCUCUCAGUUGAAGAGCCUUUACAACCAAAAAAGUUAUUUCUCAGCAUAUCUCUGUCUGGAAGUGUGACUAAGCACGACAAACCAAAAUGUACGAUAUAUUGGGGAGAUGGGAUGGAAGAAGUUGAAAUUAAAAAUGAUUCAAAAAUCAUAGAACAUGACUAUACGGAUUUUGGAAUACGUUCUGUGAAUAUAGCAUGCAGUACUAAAAGCAAAGACGUCGGUAUCUGUCCGGAACGGUAUUCAGAGUGUUUCGAAACAUCCAAUUUCUUUGACGACUUCCACAGCACAUUCGAUACACCAAUGAUUUUCUUUUCAUCAGAGCCUAUUUUGAUCAACAGUUUCAUGGAAAUCUCUAAUACAAAUUGCAUAUCGCCUAAUAUCAACUGGAGAAUAACACGAGUAUUUGAGAAUAAUACCUUUGCUACAUUUACUAAUUUUACUCAACCAAAUACCUCUGUACUUAGAUUACAGACGGGAACACUCACACCUGGAUUCUAUGUUGUGAGUCUGGAAGUUCUGUUUCCAAUAAUAAGCGAGUAUGAAUGGUCUGAAGAUUCCCUUUUGCUGCGAGUUGUUGAUCCGGAACUUAACGCACAUAUCUCCGGGGGUGAAUUUCUAACCGUCCCACGAGGUGAUGAGCUGUUGAUAUAUGCAGAUAAAUCCUAUGACCCUCUGAAUACUUCGCUUUCGUUACCGCCUCUGGAAGCCACAUGGUCAUUUGUAGUGUUUAAUUCCAUAUCUACAACCCUGACUGACAAAGAUUUGCAGACAUUUAUGAGAAAUUUUCCACAUAAUUCGCUGCCUUCAAAUGGACUUAUUUAUAGCGUCAAGAACGGAACUGACUUUGUCUUGAAAGUGGACACAUCUUUUUUUCCUGUAACGUCGUAUGGUAUGGCUAUGUUUACGCUGUCACGUGGUACAAGAAUGGCGUCAGCAUUGCAAGUGAUUCAAUUCAUGGACAACGUUCUACCGAUGACGAUAGAGUGUGUGUAUAACUGUCAUACCGGAAGAGACCGAAUAUUUUAUUAUGAUAAAGUCGAGCUUGAUAUCAACUUUCCAGCUGGAAUCGAUACUACGGAAUUUGACUACACCUGGUCAGUUCAGGUUUGGGAUCCAACUCAAUUUUCAACUGCACAGCUAGCAGUUUUGCCGCCAUAUACAACAUCAGACCCUAGUGUUAUCACGGAGACAGGUUUCAACACAUCCUCGAUCGAUAUAAAAAAUGGCUCCCUACUCCAAGGAUUUACAUACAAAAUCACAGCAACAGUUUCAAGUCCAUCUCAAGCUAUAUCAGUAGCGGAGCUGAUAAGGACAGUUAAUUAUGUUCCAUCCGGUGGUACGUGCCAAUUAGACUCUGGUAAAACAACUGUAACAUCUGCCCGCGAAUGGUUAACCUUUGCAUGCACUUCAUGGCAGAAAAACGACGACGUUCUACCUACUGCUCCAACGCUAGAUUCAAACCCAAUUUUGUUAUUCACUGUACGACAACGAACUUUGGGCGCGCACGUAGAAGAAGAGCCGAUUUUGCAAACAAGAUCACAGACAUCUUACGUCAUACUGAAGGUUGGUGAUCCAGACAACAAUUUUAAAAGCGAGUUGCUGAUCCGAGUAACAGAUCUUUUCAAUAACUAUAACGAACAAGUUCUUCAAAUAAUUGUGAGUAUUGUUUCAAUUUGUUUCACGGUUGUUUUAGCAAAAGUGUUUUACUGAAUACGAUCAAAUAUGUUCGCAAAAUAUGUUAUUGAAUAGCCAUAAUUAUCAAACUGUGUUGAUGGCACACAGUCACGAUACAUUUAUUUUCAUUUUCAAUAACCACAAUUAAAAACGUCCUUUGUAAAACUGUAUAUAACAUCACAUUUACGUUUAUUUUCACGAAUGCUUUAUUUUCUAAUAUUUUUAUAAUAUCAACUUCCUCGUGAU